AUGAAGCAAGUUCAUGUUGGUGAACCCAAAUUGCCCCUCAUGAAUAUUCCACCUCCAUACGCUCCAGCUAAUAACUCAUAUGGUAGAGUUAGUAAUAUCAAUCUCAAUGAGGAGGUCAAACUGUAUACUACGGCAAAACAGAGAGAGCUGUGGGAGUCAUUGGCGGAGAUAUACUCCAUUAUUGUGACUCUAGAUAAGCUGGAGAAGGGCUAUCUCCGAGACUCAAUUUCCCAUUCUGAAUACACACCAGCCUGUUUAAGGCUCUUAGCACAAUAUAACACGAUUCUGAAAAAUGAUGAAGUAUCAAAUCAGUUUGGUGAUUUAGACUCUUUUAAGAGGAAAUAUAACAUGGACCAUGCCAGUGCAACCUCUCGUCUGAAGAUAGGUGUACCAGCCACGGUUGAACAGGCAGUAGACUCACCUGCUUCUCAAGUAAACUCGGCAUUAAUGCCUAAUGGCGGUCCAACACCACUUCAUGGAGGUGUAUCUGCUAAAGCAGUUGCCGAAGCUACUGGCAACUUCAUCACCACCAUGGAUGGACUCAAGCUCAAUUUCAAAGCCAAAGACCAAUUGCAUCCUCUACUCAGUGAGCUAAUGACCAGUCUAAACAAAGUCACUAACAGUGAUUUUGAGGGCCGUGGUAAGAUUGUUCAGUGGCUCAUCACCCUCAAUGGCAUGAAAAUCAAUGAAGAACUGUCGGACGAGCAGGUUCGCCAGCUUAUGUUUGAUUUGGACAGUGCAUACAAAGCCUUCUACACGACCCUGCAAUAA